GGGGAAAUAGUGUGACGUCACAUCCGGAAUUCAGCUGUUGACAAAAAGCGCUGCUUCACUGAUACUGCUGGUGUAAGAGCUGACUGCAAAAAAAACUGGAUAUGGAGAGUUCAUCAUGGCAUCUCUCCCUGAAGCUCAGUGACAAACCCAAGGAAGUGUUUCAGUUUCCAGACACUGAACCUGGAGAUGUCCAUCCAGGAGAAUACCAGGUAUCGACGCUCAAACAGCUGAUCUCAGCACAGUUAUCAGACUCACUGCCGGACCCUGAGCUUAUAGACUUUGUGCACUGCGGAUGUGUGCUGAAGGAUGAUCUGACGUUAGACUCCUAUGGGAUCAAGUCUGGAUCAACACUUCAUAUCAUUAAGAAGACGUGGCCAGAGCCUGAGGUCAAGCCUGAGCCGGUGAACAGAUCUGCUGCUGCCAGAGAGUUUAGGAUGCUUCAGGCCGCGCUGCACUCCAAUGGAUCAUACAGAGACGCGGUGUUUAAGAUGCUGGCUAAUAAAGAGUCUCUGGAGCAGAUCAUCGCAGCCUCACCGGGACUUGGCUCAGACCCCGUUGCUUUAGGUGUGCUCCAGGAUAAAGAUCUGUUUGUUCAGUUUACAGACCCAAAGCUGCUGGACAUGCUGAUCCAGUCUCACCCCGCAUUGGUCAAUGCCAUCAUCCUGGUUCUGCACUCAGUGACCAGCAGCAUAUCCAGCAGCAGCUCAUCCCGAAACCCCGCAGCCAGUUCUUACAGUGAGAUGCCAGGAGGUUUUCUGUUUGAGGGCAUGUCAGAUGAUGAGGAUGAUUUCCAAUCUCAGGGAAGCAGAGCUGGUUCAUCAAGACCCCAGCGAGCAUCUGCAGGGUCCAGACCAAUGACAUUUGGUCACAGCGGAGCCACAGGACCCCGUCCCAUCACACAGAGUGAGCUGGCAUCUGCCCUGGCGUUAGCAAGCACCCCAGAGAACAGCGGCGUCCCACCAACACUAAGCGCUCAGGAGGUGUCAUCUGGAGGGCCGUCGGGAGUGUCAGGAGCUCCAGUCAGCAGCAGUCUGUUCAGUCAGGCACUGCAGCAGGCACUACAGUCCUCUGGUGUGCGCUCACAUCAGGGCCGCUGGCAGACACAGAUGCAGCAGUUAAGGGAUAUGGGCAUACAGGAUGAGGAGGUCGCUCUGCGAGCGCUAUCAGCCACAAACGGAGAUCUGCAGGCCGCUCUCGAGCUCAUCUUCGCUGCAGGAGGAGGACUCUGAUGUGUCUGUUUGGCCUAUAGAUGGCUGUGGAAUGACCAAGACUGGCGGCUGACUGUUAAACACACAUCUGCCUUUGCCCUAAACACCUGCUUUUUUUUUUUUCACUAUUUGUCUAAAUAAAGUUUUAUUAUAGAAUGCAACAUUUUAGAA